GAGAGGCACGGCGGCGCGCGUGUGUAUACGCGGACGCGCGUGGGGGGAGAAGCUCACCUAGCAGCAGCGGGAGUCUGCAUCCGGGCUGAACUGCGUAGCGUUGCGUCGCCCAUAGACGCGACAUGCGGACACACCGCCUCUCCUCUAUGCUAAUGUCAUGGUUAAAACACCACUGAUAUAUUUUGUGUUUGUUUAGAAAUGGCGGAGCUGAAGUCGAAGUGAGCAGCUCCGUGCUGCCGGAGGAGUGCGCACUUUUUUCUGUCUGCUUUGCCAAGGCCAGCAGCCGGCACUGAUAAAUCCACUUUUUGUUCUUUUACUAUCGACUAUUGCAUGAGGAACGAUGACGACCGGACAGGAUGAAAGCUCGGUCCGUGUGGCACUGAGGAUCCGUCCUCAGCUGGCCAAGGAGAAGAUAGAAGGAUGUCACAUCUGUACGUAUGUGAUGCCUGGGGAGCCUCAGGUCAUCCUGGGGAAAGACAAGGCCUUCACCUACGACUACAUGUUCGACAUGGACUCCCAGCAGGACUCCAUCUACACCGCCUGCACAGAGAAGUUGGUCGAGGGCUGUUUUGAAGGUUACAACGCCACCGUCUUUGCAUACGGACAGACGGGCUCAGGGAAGACGUACACCAUGGGGACGGGCUUUGAUGUCAACAUUGUAGACGAGGAGCUGGGCAUCAUCCCUCGUGCCGUCCACCAUCUUUUCAAGGGCAUUGAGGAGCGCCGACAAGCUGCCCAGGAGCAGGGACGCCCUGUACCCGAGUUUAAGAUCAACGCCCAGUUCCUCGAGCUUUAUAACGAGGAGGUUCUGGACCUGUUUGACUCCACACGAGACAUGAAGCAGAAAUCUCACAUCAAGAUCCAUGAGGACGCCACCGGAGGAAUCUACACGGUGGGAGUGACCACACGGAGCGUGUCCUCUGAGGCGGAGAUGUUGCAGUGUCUGAAGCUGGGCGCACUUUCCCGCACCACAGCCAGCACUCAGAUGAACGUCCAGAGCUCCCGAUCCCACGCCAUCUUCACCAUCCAUCUGUGCCAAGUCCGCGUUUGUGCCUCCGACAAUCAAGACAAUGAGACUGAUAACAGAGUCUCCAACGGAAACUCUGAGAUGGACGAGUAUGAGACGCUGACAGCCAAGUUUCAUUUUGUGGACCUGGCUGGUUCUGAGAGACUGAAGAGAACCGGAGCGACGGGCGAUCGGGCCAAAGAGGGCAUCUCCAUCAACUGUGGACUGCUCGCUCUGGGGAACGUGAUCAGUGCUCUGGGUGACCGGAGCAAGCGGGCCUCACAUGUGCCUUACAGAGACUCCAAACUCACCCGACUCCUGCAGGACUCAUUAGGAGGAAACAGCCAAACGGUGAUGAUCGCUUGCAUCAGCCCAUCUGACCGCGACUUCAUGGAGACGUUGAACACAUUAAAGUAUGCCAACCGAGCCCGGAACAUCAAGAACAAAGUGAUAGUGAACCAGGACAAGGCCAGCCAGCAGAUCAGCGCACUGAGGACGGAGAUAGCUCGACUGCAGAUGGAGCUGAUGGAGUACAAGACGGGUAAACGUAUGGUGGGCGAAGAUGGUGUGGAGAGCUUCAGUGACAUGUUCCAUGAGAACUCUAUGCUGCAGACGGAGAACAGCAACCUGAGGGUGAGGGUGAAGGCCAUGCAGGAGACCAUCGAUGCCCAGCGGGCACGUCUCACCCAGCUGCUCAGUGACCAGGCCAACCAGGCCCUCGCCAGGGCAGGUGAAGGAGGGACUGAAGAAAUUGGAAAUAUGAUUCAGAGUUACAUUAACGAAAUUGAAGACCUCAGAGCCAAACUCCUGGAGAGUGAAGCUAUUAAUGAGAACCUGAGGAAGAAUCUGUCUCGUGCCUCCAACCGUCAGCCGUUCUACGGAGGGUCCGGCCCCUUCUCCUCUGCGCUGAUGGCCCCUGAGAAGGACACUUCCGAUAUCAUCGAGCUCGCAAAGAAAGACCUGGAGAAACUGAAGAAACGAGAAAAAAAGAAAAAGAAAAGACUCCAGCAGCUGUUGGAGGAGAGAGAGAGGGAGGAAAGGGAGGAGAUGGUGGAAGCGGUUGGGGACGCCAGGUCUGAAUCUUUUGGUGCCAGUAAGGAGGAGGUUCCGGACAAUGAGCCAGAAAAGGGCACAGAGAAGGAACUGAUGGAGCGAAUCAGCGAGGACACAGAAAUGGAAGUCCAGGAAGGCAGCGACCAUGAGGAAGGAGAAGAGGAGGAGGACGAGGAGGAAGAGGAAAUGGAGAUGGAAGAAAGCUCUGAUGAGUCUGACUCUGAGUCAGAUGAAAAAGAGAACUACCAGGCAGAUCUGGCCAACAUCACGUGUGAGAUCGCCAUCAAGCAGAAGCUGAUUGACGAGCUGGAAAACAGUCAGCGGCGGCUACAAACACUCAAACAGCAGUAUGAGCAGAAGCUGAUGAUGCUGCAGUGCAAGAUCAGAGACACCCAGCUGGAGAGGGACCGGGUCCUCCAGAACAUGAACUCUGUAGAAAGUGGCACAGAGGACAAAGCUCGUAAAAUCAAGGCUGAAUACGAGAAGAAGCUGAGUGUCAUGAACAAGGAGCUUCAGAAGCUCCAGUCAGCGCAGAAGGAGCACGCCCGCCUGCUGAAGAACCAAUCACAGUAUGAGAAACAGCUGAAGAAGCUUCAGAUGGACGUCGCAGAAAUGAAGAAGACAAAGGUUCGUCUCAUGAAGCAGAUGAAGGAGCAGCAGGAGAAGAACAGGUUGAAUGAGUCUCGCAGAAACAGAGAAAUUGCUACCUUGAAAAAAGACCAGCGCAAGCAAGAGCAUCAGCUGAAGUUACUGGAGGCUCAGAAGAGGCAGCAGGAGCUCAUUCUGAGGAGAAAGACUGAAGAGGUGACGGCUCUGAGGAGGCAAGUCAGGCCCACCUCAGGCAAGGUCAUCAGGAAAGUCACUCUCCCAGAGCCAGUCCAGGACUCCCCCAACAGACCGCCCUCUGGGCGCAUGUACUCCUCCGGCAAUGCCGCGCCAAACGGAACUCGUUCUUCCUACAGACGUACAGCAGGUAUUUACUCCACCAGAGUCGCUCGCAACAAAUGGCAGUCUCUGGAGCGACGGAUCUCUGAUGUCAUCAUGCAGAGGAUGACCAUCUCCAACAUGGAGACCGACAUGAACCGCCUGCUCAAGCAACGAGAGGAGCUGACCAAGCGUAAGGAGAAGGUCCUCAGGAAGAGGGACCGGCUGCUAAGAGAAGGGCCAGACACAGAGAAGGCGGUGCUCCCUCUCAGCGAAGAAGUGGAUGCAUUGACUGCCAACAUUGACUACAUCAAUGACAGCAUUGCAGACUGUCAAGCCAACAUCAUGCAGAUGGAGGAAACCAAGGAGGAAGGUGACACUGUGGACGUCUCUGCUGUGAUUGGCUCCUGUACUCUGGCAGAGGCUCGUUUCCUGCUCCAUCACUUCAUGUCAAUGACCAUAAAUAAGGGUCUGCAGGCAGCCCAGAGUGAGUCGCAGGUGAAGGUGAUGGAGGGCAGACUGAAGCAGACGGAGAUCACCAGCGCCACACAGAACCAGCUGCUCUUUCACAUGCUGAAAGAGAAGGCGGAAUUCAACCCGGAGCUAGACGCCCUGCUGGGGAAUGCUCUGCAAGAGCUAGGUAACAUCCCAACUGAAAAUGGUGACGACAGCAGCAGUGAUGAAUCUGCCCAGAGCCCUUCAGCAGAGGGGAACACGUUGGCAUCAGAUCUUAUGAAACUCUGUGGUGAGACCAAAACAAGAAAUAAGGCUCGUAGAAGGACCACCACUCAGAUGGAGUUGCUGUACGCAAACAGUGACUCGGCACCUGACGCAUCCACAGCAGAUUUCACCAGUCCGAUGCUGCCGUUAGCUGAAACUCCAGAUGGGGGAGGAGACGUGGACCCUUCAGGCUCGUCAGUCAGGGACUUCACAGCUCUCUCCCCUGGCUUUUCCUCUAAAAUGGGCAGCAUUUCUGGCUCCAGAACAUCGUCAGGGGUGGAUAAGCGAGCUCCAGAGCCUUCCCCGCUCUCUCGCAGGAAGACAUAUGACAAGGCACAAGCAGCAUCCGACAGAGCAAAGGUCAAGGAGAUUAAACACUCUCAGGAAUGUCGGAUGCUCUCUCCCGCCAGGAUGGACGGAUGCCUCCGCCUGUCCUCUAACCAUGUCCUCUUCUCCACCCCUCCUCCUUCCUCUGAUCCACCCAAGCUGGAAAAGAGAAGCAUCAUAAGGGGUGUCAUUAACCCAGUGCCGUCCACUAAAAGCAGCCGGUCAGCAACAUUACAGUGUGUCCACGUGGCAGAGGGACACAGUAAAGCUGUUCUCUGUGUUGAGUGCACCGAUGACCUUCUCUUCACUGGAUCAAAAGACCGGACCUGUAAGGUGUGGAACCUGGUGACUGGUCAGGAGAUAAUGUCCCUGGCUGGUCACCCCAACAAUGUGGUGUCAGUCCGCUACAGCUCCAGCGUGGUCUUCACCGUGUCCACCUCGUACAUCAAAGUCUGGGACAUCCGGGAAUCUGCCAAGUGUAUCCGCACACUAACGUCCUCCGGUCAGGUUAGUGUCGGGGACGCCUGUGCGUCUACCACCAGCCGGACGGUCACCAUCCCAGCAGGAGAGAAUCAGAUCAACCAGAUUGCUCUCAACCCCAAUGGGACAGUUCUGUAUGCUGCUGCUGGAAACUCAGUCAGAGUCUGGGAUCUGAGGAGAUUUGCAUCCACUGGGAAACUCACUGGUCACCUUGGUCCAGUCAUGUGUCUGACUGUGGAUAAGUCUGGAAGCAACCAAGAUCUUGUGAUCACUGGAUCCAAAGAUCAUUACAUCAAGCUGUUUGAUGUGAGUGAAGGCUCUCUGGGAAGCAUCAGCCCUACACACAACUUCGAACCGCCACAUUACGACGGUAUCGAAUCACUGGUGGUGCAGGGGGACAUUUUCUUCAGCGGGUCCCGAGACAACGGCAUCAAGAAGUGGGAUUUGGACCGUAAAGACCUGCUGCAGCAAGUCCCUAACGCCCACCGUGACUGGGUUUGUGCUUUGGGUGUCGUCCCUGGGUCCCCAGCCCUGCUGAGUGGCUGCAGAGGUGGGGUGCUCAAGCUGUGGCACACGGACACACUGGGGACCCUGGGGGAGUUGAAGGGUCACGAGAGCCCCAUUAACAGCAUCUGUACCAACAGCAGCCACCUGUUCACGGCCUCAGAUGACCGCACUGUGAAGAUCUGGCGUGCACGUGGUGGGCUGGACAGCUUGGAGGUGGUUGACAAUGCAGACGAGGUUGCAAGUAACUGAACGCAGCGCCCCCUGCUGGGUUUGGGUCUAGAAGGACACUAACAGCAUCUUUUGAUGCUGCUUCCCUGCACUUUGAACCCUAACUUCAGAAACCUGUUGCUGACACUCGCCUUCCAUGUCAUGUCAUCU